AUGGGGACACAUUCAGCCCUGGUGUUCUUCCUGCUGUUUUCUGCAACUCUGUCUUCCAGCUGUGAUGGUGGGAAAGUGCUGGUUUAUCCUAUGGAUGGGAGCCACUGGCUGAACAUGAAAAUCCUUGUGGAGGCACUUCAUUCAAGGGGACAUCAAAUCACUGUGAUACGUACCUCCACCAGCUGGUAUGUUUCUGAAUUCUCACCCCAUUACACCUCCAUCACAAUCAUCCAGGAACAACCCCAAAUCCUAGAAAGCCAAGACUUUGUGACCUCUUUCUUGAAAAGGUCACUUGAGAUCCACCGGAAUGAAGGUUCCCUAUGGGCAUUUUUUGAAUUUUAUAGCAACCUUUUCAACAUGGUCGGAGAAAAUCAUAAAGCUGUGGCAAAAGUGGUCAACAGCAUCUUUGAGAAUAAGACAAUGAUUAGGGAGCUGAAUGAAACUGGAUAUGAUCUUUUCCUGACUGACCCUGUUUUUCCAGCUGGAGUGAUUUUGGCACACUAUUUCCAGCUUCCCUUGGUUCUCAAUGUGCGCAUGCUUUUCAGUGGGGAGGCACAAUUUGCCAUCGCUCCAUCUCCACUGUCCUAUGUUCCUGCAAUGUUUUCCCAUUACACUGACAAGAUGGACUUUUUUCAAAGAAUCAAUAAUCUAAUCUAUCACGGCAUGUUGAUUUACAUGCACUACUAUGUCUCCAUUCCACCAUACCAGCCUAUAUGCGACCGAUAUUUAGGUGAGGUCAGCAUUACAUCUAUAACACAAGAAGCUGAUCUCUGGCUCAUACGGCUUGACUUUACAUUGGAGUUUCCUCGUCCCACCAUGACCAAUGUUGUCUACAUCGGAGGCUUACAAUGUAAACCUUCCAAGCCGCUUCCACCACAUUUUGAAGAUUUUAUGGAGAGUUCUGGUGAACAUGGGGUAAUCGUCAUGACCCUGGGGACCUUGCUUGGUGACCUCGGCCCUGAGAAAUCAGAGAUCAUUGCCUCAGCAUUUGCCAGCCUCCCUCAGAAGGUUGUGUGGAGACAUGUUGGGAAAAGACCAGUCUCUCUGGGAAACAACACUAUGCUGGUUGAAUGGCUGCCUCAAAAUGAUAUACUAGGUCACCCUAAAACAAAGGUUUUCAUCACACAUGGGGGCACUAAUGGCCUCUAUGAGGCCAUCUACCACGGGGUUCCAGUUUUGGGCAUUCCUCUCAUCUUUGACCAGUAUGACAACAUGGUGCGCAUGAGGGCCAGGGGGGUGGCUGAGAUAGUUGAGGUGACAACACUGGAUGUUGAGUCUUUCACAAGCGCUCUGAAAAAUAUUCUCAACCCAGAAAAGGCCUACAAACAGAAUAUGCUCAAACUGUCACAGCUUCAUCAUGAUAAACCGAUGAAACCUCUUGACAGUGCAGUUUUCUGGAUGGAGUACGUCAUGAGGCACAAGGGUGCAGCACAUCUGCGCACGGAGUCAUAUAAGCUACCAUGGUAUGCCUAUUAUUGUGUAGAUGUGAUGGCAGUCUUCAUAGCUUUUGGGUUGGUCAUCACUGUAUUGUUCUGGGCUUCCUGUAGAUGUUUCAUAAGAUGCUUGGUGAGGACCAAGAAGUCCAAGCAAGAAUAG